AUGGACAAAAUGAUCACAACGAUGUCUUUUAUACAAUUUUUAUUUAUAUCGUAUCACGUUGACCAAACGAACGGUUUUCUCACGUUACCGGUUAAUUCAACAUAUACUACAAAUAUACAAACACGAAACAUAGCCUGUUAUUAUGGAACAAUUAGUGGAGGGGAAAAUGGUGAUCAAUAUUACCAACCGUCAUACGGUAAUUAUCAGUACUGUGUUCUUAUAUUAUCUUUCUAUUCUUCUAAUGGAAAUUUGGUGGAACAAAUUGAUUUUCGUAGAACUACUGUUUUGAAUACAUAUCGACGAAUGUCAGAACGUUGCCAAGGUUUCUCAAAUAUAACCGAUGUUGGCUACGGGUUAUGUAGUCCGUUAUCCUACCAAACAGUUGUUAGUCUUGUUUUAUGUAUUUGUGCAACCAGUAAUUGUAACAAUAACUUAUCAACUUGUCAGUCAUCGGCUACAGCGUUUCAACCGACACGAUUACCAACGUUUUUACCAUAUCUUUUAAGAUCGAUUUCAUGUCAGGAUUAUGACUAUAUAUCAGGCAACACAUAUACUUACUGUCAAGAACUUGAUAAAUCAAUAAAUUAUACAGCAUGCAAUGAUUAUGUCAAAGCAAACACUGUAUUGUGUUCAAUUUGGACUCUUUCUUCACAAAAUUUCACCGCAUUGUAUCGAGUGGCUUAUCUACCAGAAAAUUAUGAAGAAUUUUUGCUUUCUACUUUGUACGGUUAUUUGGUAUAUAGUAAUACAUCAACAUACAAUGAAAGUAGUAGCAGCUUAAUUGUUAAAACUGGAAUACAAAAUUUUACGUAUAUAUCAUGUUAUUGUACAUCAAAUAACUGUAAUGCAAACUUUAGCACUUGUGCAGUCCCUACCACUAACUCAACAACUACAUCACAAUCAACAUCGAAUGGUUCUGCUUUAAGUGUUGGAGCAAUUGCUGGUAUUACCAUUGGAGUAAUAUUAGGUGCAGCAGCUAUUGGAGUAAUAAUCGGUUUUAUCUCCUAUCGUGCAGGAAAGAAGUCAAGAAAAGAACCAGUUUAUACUUAUUUUUCCAAAACUGCACGCUUUUAA